AGGGGACCAUGUUCUGGGCGCUGUUCGUCCUGGGUCAUGACUGUGGGCAUGGGAGUUUCUCGAACUACGGAUGGUUGAACAGUUUGGUUGGCCAUUUUCUUCACUCUCUCAUUCUUGUUCCUUAUCAUGGAUGGAGGAUCAGCCACAAGAGACAUCACAAUAACCAUGGGCAUGUGGAUAAUGAUGAGUCCUGGCAUCCAUUAACAGAGAAGACAUACAAAGCGCUGGAUUACGUCACUUGGAAGAUGAGAUUCACUGUUCCAUUUCCCUUGUUUGCCUACCCAGUCUACUUGUUGUUUCGAAGCCCUGGUAAAAAAGGCUCACAUUUUCAUCCAGACAGUGAUCUGUUCCUUCCACAUGAGAAAGGGGAUGUAACUGUAUCUACAAUUUGUUGGAUGGCAAUGCUGGCUUUGCUUUUGGUGUGCUCACACAUUGCAGGUCCUAUGAGUGUAUUUAAGAUCUAUGGUGUUCCUUACGCUAUCUUUAUUAUGUGGUUGGAUGCGGUGACUUAUUUGCAUCACCAUGGUCAUCAUGAGAAGCUCCCUUGGUAUCGAGGAAAGGAAUGGAAUUACCUCAGGGGAGCAUUGACGACGGUCGAUAGAGACUACGGUUGGAUAAAUAAGAUACACCACAACAUCGAGACUCAUGUCAUACAUCACCUCUUCCCUCAAAUACCACACUACAAUCUCGUAGAAGCGACAAAAGCAGCAAAACCUGUACUUGGAAAAUACUACAGAGAACCAGAGAAAUCAGGGCCUCUUCCGUUCCACUUACUUGGAAUUCUUGCGAGGAGCCUCAGAGUCGACCACUUUGUGAGUGAUGCUGGAGAUGUUGUGUACUAUCAAACUGAUCCUCAGCUUAACGGCGAUGCAAGAGCAAAGUCUGAGUGAAUCUAUGGUUUAUAUAUAUAAAGAUUUGAAAGAUGGGAGGAUUUCGAAUAAUAAAGGCCUAAACAAUACUGUAGCUUUUACAUUGCAUUGAUUACUAUCCUAUAUAAAACAUCCAUGGAGGUUCUCAUAUUUGGAUAGGACCAGUGAUGCGUUCAUCUGAUGUUCACUAAAAUGCAGGCAUUUGAACUUGGAAUCGCCUUGAGUUGCAUUCGGAUUUUGUAGGGUCAUGUGAGUUUUCUUUGGCGGCUUUGACAAAUUUUUUUUUUCUGCUGGGGAGAUUUCGUAAAAUUAUUUGGGACUUUGGUGUCACUGUGUAAUCAUUUUUCAACUGUUGAAAUAAAUGAAAUACCUCCAUCGUGACA